AUGAAGGGGCACAUCCUCAACAUCGGAAGCGAAAACAAAGUCGCAGCCCUUCGCCAUCCAGAAAUCACCGCCAUCACCAAAGCAGAGACGAGCGAGCCAGGUCACCUCGACCUGCACCGACCGACACCACUGUGGCCGCACGACGCCCGCCCUCAGAUUACCCUCCGAGUCGCCGUCGAUCUCGAUCCACCGACUCGUACUACAGAAGUGACGCUGUUCGAGGGAAGCGAUCAUUCGAGCAAGGUCAGAAAAGAGGGGCCGAGGCCUACCACGGACGCUCUCGCCGUUCGCCGUCCCGAUCAGACUAUCGACAUCGACGUCCACGUUCGCCAUCAUCUCCGCGCCGCUCACCAGCUGGUCGAGAAAGAGAUCGACGAGGCGCUCAGGAAGAAAGAGAACAUCGUCGCGAAAGGCGUUCACCAGAGCCGCGACGUGGCCGGUAUCAAGCUCCACGCCUGCCUUCGUCACGCUCACCGCGCGGUCGUGACUAUAAACACACAAGCCCUGAGCAGGGCGCGCUCGUUGAGCCGAGAAAGCCAUUCCUCGCGCAAGAACGAACGGGACCGAGACGCAGAGAUGUACGGCCGAGGACAUUACGACCCGCGGUACGGCGGAUACCCUCCAUCACACGCGCCAUACAAUCACCACUCAUACCCGCCUUCCAAUUAUGGAUCGCAUGCAGGCUCGCCAAUGCACGGCUACCCUCCGCAGCAGCCGCCUUAUCAGUACUCCCAUGGUGCACCACAGCCAGCUGUGCCAUAUUACCAACCGCAGUCGGCCAAGCAGUACAGCGGAUCCCCCAACCACCCCACCUAUCCUUCCGCACGCGAUUCACUAGCACGGCCAGCUCAGCGAGGUGGUCCUGCGCAGAGAGGUGGACGUGGACACUUCGCCAACCUCUCAUGGACACCGAAUGACGGCGUUCGUGGCGGCAACCUUGUCCAGCCCGGCGACAAGGAGAAGGACAAAAGCGAUUCCAAAGCGCCGCCACCCCCACCUCCGCCGCCAGAGGAGGACGACGAUGAAAACCCCUUUCGUCCUCCUGCUGACCUGCGCGCUGAGGAUGAGAGCGCCAGAAAGAAGCGCAAGAUCUCUGAGUCCGAGAGGCCGGCACAAGCAGCUGGCGGCGCGGGUGCAUCCGAAGCUGGAAAGAAAGAUGAAGGCUCAAAGAGCAAGAUCUCCUUCUCGAUUAAAGGCCGUGCCAACGCUGCGGCCGCGGAGAAGGCCGCCACGAUGAGCGCUCCCGCGAAGCCUCAGCAAAUGUCUCCCGAAGCGCACCCUGCUGCUCCCGCCGCGAAGAAAGCACCAGUACCCGUCUCACCACUCGUUCAGACUGGAGUCGCCAAGAGCGCGAACUACGUCGGUAAUACUCGCGUCGAGCCGCCAAAGAAGCCAGGUGAUGCUACGAAGAAGGCUGCUUCUCCUGCUGUGCGCAAGGAGAAGGUGCGUAAGAAGCGACUAAAGGCGCGACCAGAGCUCAGCGAUGACUUUGCGACGAGUGAGAGUGUGUAUUUCCGCAAGACUGGCAACGAGAGUGUGGUUGGGAGUGGCACGUACGGCAAGGUCUACAAGGGCGUGCAUGUGUACAGUGGGAGGAUGGUGGCCUUGAAGAAGAUUCGCAUGGAGGGCGAAAGGGAUGGGUUCCCUGUGACCGCCAUCCGCGAAAUCAAGCUCCUGCAGUCGCUCGAUCACCUCAACAUCGUCGCUCUGCAAGAGGUCAUGGUCGAGCGCAACGACUGCUUCAUGGUUUUCGAAUACCUCUCGCACGAUCUUACUGGCAUCCUCAACCACCCCUCCUUCUCUCUUACCGCCGCGCACAAGAAACACCUCGCCCGCCAGCUCUUCGAAGGCCUCGACUACCUCCACCACCGCGGCGUGCUGCACCGCGACAUCAAAGCAGCCAACAUUCUCGUCUCGAAUACCGGGGAGCUGAAGCUCGCAGACUUCGGCCUGGCGCGCUUCUAUCAGAAGAGCAGUAAGCAGGACUAUACGAACCGCGUCAUCACCAUAUGGUAUCGGAGCCCGGAGCUAUUGCUCGGCGAGACUCAGUACGGACCUGCCGUGGACAUCUGGUCUGCAGCUUGCGUGCUUGUCGAGAUCUUCACCCGCCACGCUAUAUUUCCUGGCGACGGCGGCGAGAUCAACCAGCUCGACAAGAUCUACGCCGUCCUCGGCACACCUUCACGAAGCGAAUGGCCUGGCAUCGCUGAGCUGCAGUGGUUUGAACUGCUUCGUCCCGCGCAGCGCAUUCCAAGUUCUUUCCAACAAAAGUACAGCGAACGCGUCAGCCCAGAGGCGUUUGAGCUGCUGCAAGCGAUGUUCCUGUUUGACCCAAACCUGCGACCUACCGCGGCAGAUGUGCUGGAGCAUCCUUACUUCACGACCGAAGAACCGAAGGAGCAGCGAGUGUGGGAGCUGGAAGGGUUGGAGGGGGAAUGGCACGAAUUCGAGAGCAAGGCUCUGCGGAAGGAGAAGGAGAGGGGCGAGCGCGAGGCAAGGAGGAGAGAAAGGGAGGGGACAAAGGAGGGUGAGAAGAGGCGAGGGGAGAUGCUUGAAGGCCCAGAUGCUAAGAAGGGAAGGGUUGAGAAGGCAGAGGCUGCGUAG